AUGUCGACCCCCGAAAUCAUUUCUCUGCAAUCGCUCCUCCAGACGGUGUUCCUCGUGCCCAACGCUCAUUGCCCCACGUGUGCCGUGUUCAUCGAUGGCUUCCUCGCUCGUCUGGAUCCUCCGCCUGCAUCGGUCGCGACUUCAAUCGUGUCGCACACUGUGACCGUCCGCCACGACCCGUCGUUGACGCCGCGCAUGAUUGCAAAAGCGCUGGACGAGGCGGGUUAUGAGGUUGAACCAACCAGUCUGAAGGCUGCCCGAGAUGCAGCAUCCGGGUCAGGCUCGCGUGACGAAGGCCUCGACACUCGAUCGACCACCUUUCUGGGCACCUUGAUGCGCUGCGUGGGGCGAGAAAAGGAAUUGGAUGAGGAGACGAAGAAGAAGCGGCACCAGACCCAUUGCGAGCUUUGUCGCGCCCAGCAGACUGGAGACAAUGGCUCUUCCAGCCAAUUCGCCGACCAAGGCACGGCAGACCAUCUCGCUGUAGUGGUCGAUACUCUGUCCUCGCAGCAUAGUAGCGUCUUUCAGGCAACCGUAUCGAUCACAGGAAUGAGCUGCAGUUCCUGCGUGGGCAAGAUCGUCGCGGCUCUGGAGGACAAGCCGUGGGUGACUUCGGCCCAUGUCGCCUUGACGACGCACAGCGCGUCCAUCGACUUCAACGGAGAAGAGACCGAUGCUGCGCAUCUGACCACAAUCAUCGAUGACUUGGGUUACGAGGCGAGCCUGGAAGAUGUGACGAAGCUCCCGACAGGGAUAGAGUCCAACCCAGGCGCUUGCUCGGACGUGUGGAAAGCAUCCUACUCGAUCGAAGGGAUGACGUGCAGCUCCUGCGUAGGCACCGUCACAGGAGCGAUCCGAAGCUUCGGCUGGGUGCAAAGUGUGGACGUCAGUCUUGUUAACAACAGCGCGACGGUCGUCCUCGAAGGCAGAAGUCACGCGGACCUAGUCACCACUGCAGUGGAGGAUGGUGGGUACGGUGCUACCCUGAACGACGUGAGCCCCUUCUCCACUGAAGCCGAAUCUCGUAACGGGCGCAGAUCGGUGUCCAUCCAAAUUCAUGGAAUGUACUGUCAGCAUUGCACUGGUCGGAUUGUUGAUGCACUCAAUCAAUUUGACGGCCGGGUGACUAUUGAAAAGGCCCCCACUCAGGAGAACCCGAUUGUCACCAUCUCGUACGUUCCUAAGGCACCAAAUUUCACUAUUAGGUGCAUUCUCAGUACCAUCUCGGCAGCGGAUCCGGAGUUCACACCAAGCGUCUACCAUCCCCCCACGCUUGAGGAGCGCGCGAGGCAGAUGCAUGCUCGCGCUCAGCGGCGGAUAUUCUCUCGUGUCCUCCUUUCGGUUUUCGUCGCUAUUCCUACUUUCGUCAUUGGCAUCGUAUACAUGGCUCUUGUUCCUAUGUAUGACUCUGGCCGCCGAUACCUGAUUGAAACAUCACAUGGUGUCAGUCGUGCGGAAUGGGCAUUGUUCGCUUUGGCAACUCCUGUCUACUUCUUUGCAGCCGACAUUUUCCACCGCCGCACACUCAAAGAACUCUACUCUCUCUGGAGACCAGGCAGCUCGGUCCCUAUGCUACGCAGGUUCUACCGCUUCGGAAGCAUGAAUAUGCUAAUAUCUUUCGGCACUACAAUUGCUUACUUCUCAUCUAUCGUCGAGCUGAUCAUUGCGGCGGCAUCGCAUACCACGACGAAUUUCAGCAGCAAUACGACUUAUUUCGACUCAGUUGUGUUUCUAACAAUGUUUCUGCUUCUUGGUCGCCUUAUUGAGGCAUACAGCAAAGCGAAGACCGGAGAUGCCGUGUCCACUCUACAGCAUCUGCGACCAAGAGAAGCACUCUUAGCGCUACCUGAUGAUGAGCAGAAAGCUGAUGUUCGGAUCGAAGCCGUCGGCGUUGAUCUGAUCGACCUGACCGACGUCGUAAGGGUGGUCCAUGGCGGUUCUCCACCUUGGGACGGGGUCGUCGUUUCUGGGGACACUGUUUUCGAUGAAUCGUCCUUGACUGGCGAGUCGAAGCCGGUGACAAAAACUGCUGGCGACACUGUCUAUUCCGGCACCAUUAACAGAGGCGGGCCGAUUUCGAUUGAAAUCACUCGUGUGUCGGGCGACUCGAUGUUGGAUCAAAUCAUUAAAGUGGUACGCGAGGGCCAGGCGCGCCGCGCGCCGAUUGAAAGGGUGGCCGAUAUACUUACCAGCUACUUUGUCCCAGUUGUUACCCUCGUUGCUAUUGCGACGUGGCUAAUCUGGCUGGGGCUCGGAGUGUCCGGGACCCUACCGCAAAACUACUUGGAUAUCGAGGCGGGCGGCUGGCCUUUAUGGUCCUUACAGUUCGCUAUUGCUGUGUUCGUUAUCGCGUGUCCCUGCGGUAUCGGCCUUGCGACGCCAACUGCGCUGUUUGUCGGUGGAGGCUUAGCAGCUAAGCACGGCAUUCUUGUUAAAGGGGGCGGGGAAGCAUUCCAAGAAGCCAGCCGCCUGGACAUUGUCGUCUUCGAUAAGACCGGCACCCUCACGCAAGGUGGCGAUCCCAGAGUGACGGAUUCCCAGUUCUUGCUAUCUAAGGAUUCUGCCUUAUGUGAGCAUCAGAUCCUGGCUGCACUCAAACAAAUUGAAGGAAACAGCAGUCACCCAAUUGGGAAAGCGGUCCUCGAUUUCUGCAAUCCAACGCCCCAAACAGGCGUGAAAGCCACGCAUAUCGAAGAAGUGGCGGGCAAGGGGAUGCAAGGGUCUUUUCAUGUCCUCGACUGGUCACAAGGCAUGGAAAUACUGGUGGGAAACGAGGCUCUCAUGUCCGAUCACGGAAUACCCCUCGAUAACACAACCUCCGCUACCCUGGACGGAUGGAAAGGCCAAGCAAAGUCGGUCGUCAUUGUAGCAACGAGAAGUGCUUCAACCCAGGAGAAGACCUGUUGGGAGCCAGCAGUGAUUCUGGCAAUUUCUGAUGCUAUCCGGCCGGAGUCCCGCUCUGUUAUCGAAGCACUUGCGCGUCAAAACGUGGAAGUGUGGAUGCUUUCGGGAGACAACCCAAAAACUGCUUGUGCUGUUGCAGCCAUGGUUGGCAUACCAGAAGAGCGUGUUAUUGCUGGUGUACUUCCAGAGCAAAAAGCUGCCAAAAUCCAGUAUCUACAGAGGAGCCAGGUGGCAAAGAGGUCGCAAUACUUCCUUGGGCUGGGAAGCGUACGUUCGAGUCGAAGAGCGAUCGUAGCGAUGGUUGGCGAUGGCGUGAACGACUCUCCUGCAUUGACGAUUGCGGAUGUUGGUGUCGCUGUAGGUUCUGGAUCGGAUGUGGCAAUAUCCUCGGCCGACUUCAUCCUCGUCAAUCAGGACAUGACAACGUUACUGAACUUGGUCAGACUCAGCCGCGUGGUGUUCCGAAGAGUCAAGUUCAACUUCGCCUGGGCUCUUAUCUAUAACCUCUUGGCUCUGCCUAUUGCCGCAGGCGUUCUCUAUCCCGUGAAAAGUAAUGGGACACGUAUCAGGUUGGACCCUGUCUGGGCUAGUCUGGCCAUGGCUCUGAGCAGUAUCAGCGUGAUAUGCAGCAGCCUGAUUAUGAGAAGCAGGCUGCCGGUGGUCGGAUUUCGAGCUCGAGGAGUUGACAGGGCUGCAUCAAAGGACCAGUGA